GAAGGCGAAUGCACGUUUUUCUGCAUAGUCAAAGCUGACGUCAUCAUUUUUUGACUUCGUGUGAAUUCAAUUGUUUUGUUGAGUAUUUAUUCAAGUUCUCCAAUAUAAUUUUUCAAAGUAAUCCACGUUCUCGGUGAAUGGAAAUAUGGAAAAUUAAUUUGAAUCAUCAAUGUGGGGAUCAAAAUGCGAAAUAAAAAGAUGCGAGAUUGUAAUGCUGCAUCAAGUGACAGUGUCAGUCACAAGAUACGACACAAGUCAAAGGACGCGUUAGCGACAAUGGGCGAAAGCAGCACUCAGUGUAUCAUCGAUCCAUCCGAGAUCAAACAAGAGACGGACAUCAAAGAAGAACCACAGUCUGUUGGCGUAUUGAUUGACAUUCCGGCAAUAGAUAACCGUGACUUUGGAGGUGUGCCUGAUUCCAACGAAUAUCCCGUCGAAUAUGAUUUUGAACAGUUGAAUUUUGACGAGGUUAAGACCGAAGUGAAGACAGAGACCGAUGAAAAGAAAGAAGGAAAUUCGAAGAAGAGCGGUGACUUGGCAGACGAUCGAGAUGAUGGUCAUCAAAAUCCGAUGCAACAAACACAAGCUGAAGACAAUCGAGCAUCGAUGGACGUUGGCAAUGAAGCAAACAAGGCAAAGAAACAAAACGAUAAGACAACUCGAAUUGAGGGUUGUAUGAAAUACAAGUGUGAACAAUGUGAAUACUCAACUCAACUCAAAUCCAAUUUGAACAGGCAUAUGCGAAAACAUACUGGCGAAAAGCCAUUUGGGUGCGAUUACUGCGCAAAACAUUUCACAUCAAAGCGAGCUCUCCAGAGUCACAAGAAAGCUCAUGUUAGAGAGUUUUUGUUCCAUUGCGAUGUGUGUCUGGAUGGAUUCGACAACAGAGAUGAAAAGUUAGAGCAUCAGGCCAAUUGCAAGGCACUCCGUUAUGAAUGCCAUAUUU